GUCGCAAGCGUGUCAUGGAUAGAGUGUACUAGAAGGAUCUUCAUGGAGGACGGUAGCAACGGUCGUGUAUUGACGGUCGUGUAUUGCGAGUAGUAGGCCGUGGCGCGUGCAGUCCGUGCAACUAUGCACGCUGGAGCACAGCCUGUGGCUGGAGUAACAUAACAGGCAAACGAUACUCUCCAAAAUAGUGUAAACAGCUCACCUUUGAACUACAGAUGUUAAGAGCGUGGCUAUCUUUUCGUGAACUCUCGACCAAAGCUAGUUUACCCUGCCGUCCGAAGCGCCUGUCUGGUUAUAACUUAUUUCUGAAGACGAUCUGGCCUUCGUUGAAAAAAGAAAACCCAGGAAAAGAUUUCCGAAAGGUGGCCUUAAUUGCUGCUGAAAAAUGGAAGGCGGUAGAUGAGGAUACAAAACAGCUGUAUGCCAAAAAAGCAAGGGAUACCAUGGUACUACAAGAGAAACAGUAUAAUGAAGAUCUGUCCAGUUUGAAUAUUGAAGAGAUUAUGGCAUCUGGUCAAAAAGCCAAGCACCCACUCCUGAGGAGAAGGAGUCGUCGUCUGGAGGCAAAGGUGCGACAGCUAAAGAAGCCAGGACUUCCUCGAUCGGCAUAUACUUUUUUCUGCAUUGAAGCCAGACAGCCCAACCGAAAAAUUGCUGAACAGGCAAAAGUUCUAGCAGAAAAAUGGAAAGCCCUUUCCGAGUGUGAAAAGCAGGUCUACCAGCGGAGAGCUGAAGAGGACAAAAGGCGCUACAAUGAUGACAUGAUUGACUGGGAAAUGUGCAUGCAGCAGACCGGAAACUCGGAAAUUCUACAGAAAUAUUUUCUAGAAAAGUAUACGCUUGAAAAUGUAAAAAAACACCUGGUCAAGAGACUAACACAAUGGGAAGAAAGCUUAGGAGGAUGAGAAGUGUUGGCAGAAAGAUCUGCUGAGUGUAAAUAAAUGGAAACAAGGAAAAGCAUUAAAAUAGUUGCCACUUUAUUGUUAUGUGGUGUUAUAU